AUGCGAUGUUUCAACGGCACUGGCAAUGCAUGGACCGUUCAGGUUACAGAGAACGCCUUCGAGACCAUACCUGACGACCAGUCUCAUUCGACGCUCGUGUCUCAAGCAAAUGUCUCUACCGCUGCCUACGUGCAGCUGUGGCUGUUCUCGAUACGUUUCAUAGAAAGCUUGACCGAUGUCAGCCUCCCGGGCUCUAAACGCACUGACGAUGCCUAUGUGUAUAGAGCGACCCCGUCAGAGUCAGCUCAUCAACUUGCCAUCUUGGCAAAGCAAUUGGGUUUUGAUUCGCCUCAGAUUCGCUCGCUUUGUGUGAGCUCAACCAUAAAACCUAAUGCUCGAGCAUACUUAACUGGCCGUCGUCCUCAGGAGUUAUAUAUCUACCCUCCGCGCUGGGAGGAAGAAGCUCCGGAAAAAGUUGUCGAUCUCCUAAAGCUCCCUAAAAGGGAUGGAUAUGAGAUUGUCGUUCCGCCUUUCUCUAUCGACAGUGAGAAUCUCAUGGCAAACAAGCGGUGCGGACUACCACAGAGGGAAGCACACUGCAACGACCGCCGGUUUUUAUUUGCUCUCCAGGUCUAUAGUGCGGAACAGCUUGCAAAAAAGUACCCAACAUCAUUCGCUGUGCUGCGAGACAUCAUGUUCAGCUUCUUUGGUCGAGGAAUAUUACCUUCUCAAUCACAUCCUAUAUGGCGGAGGGUAGGAAAUAACCCGCAAACUCCUCGUCAAAAUGAAAGUGACAUUGUCUCGUCACCUGUUGCAUGCGAUCCUCAACCUUCGGGAACACCAGAUAGAAAUGGAUAUUCGGCACGCGAUUCUGGCACAGGAAACGAUAUGGCGUUGGAUAUUCCUAAUCCGACUCAGGUGUCCGUGAAGCAAGCACCGAUGGCAGAGGGUUUUGAAGAUGAGACCUCCAUCGCGCCGCUGAAUCAACUCACACAUAUCUCUCACAGCCGAGGAGCCGAAGAAAUUCUGGACGCCUGGAACGCAUCCCGUAACACAGAGUUGUCAGUAUUCUACUUCUUCAAGAAUCAUCAGUAUUGCAAAUUUCUGCUUAAGGACCCAGAGCUCCAUAAGCAUCUGGGAAAUUUCAUUGGUCAAUUCGAGAACAAUCACUAUUUUGCUACCUUUCGUGGUCGAAUCAACUCCAGGGAUAUUAUAGAGCGUAUCAACGGUCUGCCCCUGGUUCUUGUAUUUACAGAGACGGAGCAUACUCAGUCACCUAUGGCCGAUCUUUGGGAGUACGUCCGUUCUUUUGACACUAGAACUGGGAAGCGCAAGCAGGGAACUGUGGACUCUCAGUCAGCUAUGAAUACCAAAAGGCGCAUUUAUGAUAACAGAGCUAGCGAUGAAGAAUCCGAGCUUUGA